UUAUCUGGCCCUUUGAUGUGUAUUUACACAAACAACGUUUUCCUCCGGGAGUUGCGGUAUAAAGGAGAGGCCCGUGUCCCCCGACACCCUCCUUCCCGGCAUCUCCGAAACAAGGCACGAUGACUAAGGCCCCUUUCUCCGUGGAAUGGUUGUCUCAGAGCAGCCAAGCUCUCAAGAGCCCCACCGAGGGCUCCCCACACCGAGCAUCGUCCGCGGGCCGCCGGCCCGGCUCCGGCUCCGGCGUCGGCCAGAGCGAGCGGAGCCAGGAGCAGCCCCCGGGCCCGCGGGACGGGAGAAGCGGCCGGAGCAGGGAGCGCAUGGCGGCCACUCCCGCCGCAGGUACCGCGGCCGCGGCAGCCUGGGUGGGGCUCCCGGGCAGGGGGUGGUGGGUCUGGGACACCCCCGGCCCGGGAAGGCAGCGCUGCGCGGUGGCUGCUCGGGGACGGAGGGGGCGGGCGGUUCCCCACGCGGUGCCCGGGUCUGGCUGACCCUUUCCUCCUCGUCCCUGUCCCCAGGAGCAGGCGGGAGGCCGUCGGGAGCGGGGCAGCCCGUGCCAGAGGAGGGUCCCGAAUGCCCGGGCCCGGAGGAGCCCUGCGGCCGCGGCGGGCGGCGGCUGCGCACGGCGUUCAGCGCGGAGCAGAUCAGCACCCUGGAGAGCUCCUUCCAGCGGCAGCAGUACCUGGGCGCCGCCGAGCGCCGGCAGCUGGCGGGCAGGAUGCGCCUCUCCGAGGUGCAGAUCAAGACCUGGUUUCAGAAUCGCCGGAUGAAGCUCAAGCGGCAGCUGCAGGAGUUGAGGACGGAGCCCUUCUGCAGCCCCGCUCUCCCUUACGGACCUCAGGGCGCUGUGGUGCCCCUGCCGCUCACAUACGUGGCCCGGCCGCCAGCUCUGCCCCGGCAAGGGGCUGCCUCUGAGGGCUUCCCUUUGGCUGCCCUGCCGGCACCCGCCCUGGACCUCAGCAGCGCCUGCAGAGCACAGCCAGUUGGCUUUUGGGCAGCACCCUGCUAUGUGGGGUACCGGGACCCCAGGGCCUUCCUGCUGGGUGUCUGACCCUCUGAUACCAGCUAGGACUAAAGAGGAUUUGCACUACUGACAGAUAUCUGGGCUGCCCUCGUCUGAAACUGCUUGGUGGAGUUAGGAUGCAGCACCGAUCUAAACAUUUACAAAGACAUGCUGGACAAUCUGAAUCAUGGACUUCAGGCCCUUGCAUUUAUAGGCAAUUGUAAAAUAUAAACAGGGUGGGACAAACAAUAAUAUAAAUGAAAUCUUUUAAUAAAC